AUGACAGGAAGUCGGCCCUCGCGCAGCCGCGAGAACUCGGCCUCCAACGGUCAUCGUCCGCUGCAGCCGAGCGCACUGCGCCAGAGCCACACCCCCCCUGUCGUCCGUCGCGCCCACAGCCAGGGCAGCGAUGCCGCCUCGCGCCGUCCAAUGGUCGACGGGCCAGCCGGCGAGUCGACGCCGCUCGUUGCCAACGGUGCCCAGCGGUGCAGCGUCCAUCCCGGCGUCUGCAACCACGGCACCUUUAGUCCCCGCCCGUCCAGUCCGACGAAUGGCCUCGGCGGCGGCAACGGCGAUGCCAUGGGCUCGGGCGCCUCGGUCGUCUCGCUCGAUAGCACGGCUUCUCAUCUCGGCGGCACGGACGACUGGAAGAGGUGGCUCAAGGCCAGGAUGCGGACUAAGAAGAUGGACCAGAGCAGCCAGCUCGCCCAGCAGGCCGGCUUUCGAUUCACGCCCUUGAUGUACUUGGCCUACUACAUCCCCUUCUUCAACUGGAUCGGGCAGUACAAAAUGUCCUACCUCAAGGGCGAUCUCAUCGCUGCCUUGACCAUGGCCUCCUUCUACCUGCCCAUGGGCCUCUCUCUCGCCUCCAAUCUCGCUCACGUCCCGCCCAUCCACGGGCUCUACUCGUUUGUCUUCAACCCCUUCGUCUACGCCCUCUUGGGCUCGUGCCCGCAGAUGGUCGUCGGCCCGGAAGCGGCAGGCUCCCUUCUCGUCGGCAGCGUCGUCCAGCACAGCGUCGACUCAGGCCACGGCUCCGAGAAUGACGCCCUUCUCCACGCCCAGGUUUGCGGCGUGGUCGCCGGCAUGGCCGGGGCAACCAUCCUCAUCGCCGGUCUGGCCAGGCUGGGCUUCCUGGACAGCGUGCUGAGCAGGCCGUUCCUGCGAGGCUUCAUCAGCGCCAUUGGGUUCGUCAUCGCCGUCGACCAACUGAUUCCCGAACUGGGGCUCAACGACCUCGCAGACGAUACCAGAGUCAGCCACGGCAGCAGCGUCGACAAGAUACGCUUCAUGAUCGAACACGCCGGCGACGUCCAUCACUUAACAUUUGCCAUUGCCGGCAUCAGCUUCCUCGUCAUCAUGACCUGUCGUGAACUCAAGAAGCGGCUCGAGCCACGUUUCCCCUCCGUCGUCUUCAUCCCCGACCGAUUCCUUAUCGUUGUCGCGUCUGCCAUUCUCUGUGCCCACUUCAGAUGGGAUGAGCAAGGAGUCGACGUCCUCGGCACCGUCAGGGCCGCCACUGGCAACCUCUUCGUCUUUCGCUGGCCCUUUCAGCUCUCGCACAUGCGCCACAUCCGUGACGCCAUGUCAACGUCGUUUCUCAUCGCGUUGCUCGGCUUCUUCGAGUCGUCCGUGGCAGCCAAGAGUCUCGGGGGCAGUGACACGAUCCAGGGCAUGGAGCUGAGUGCCAACCGCGAGAUGAUUGCGCUAGGCGUCGCCAACCUGGUGGGAGCCAGCUUCAUGAGCUUGCCUGCAUUUGGAGGCUACGGGCGAAGCAAGGUGAACAAGUCGACGGGCGGCAAGAGCCCGAUGAGCUCCAUUUUCCUGAGCUUGAUUUCCCUGCUGUCCAUCCUGUUUCUCCUGCCCCAGUUUUACUACCUACCGAAGCCCGUGCUUUCGGCCAUGAUUUCCGUGGUGGCGUGGUCGCUGAUAGAAGAAGCACCCCACGACAUCUCAUUCUUCGUGCGUAUCGGUGGCUGGAAGGAACUGUCGCUCAUGGCCAUCAUAUUUCUCUCGACCAUAUUCUACUCGCUCGCCCUGGGCAUAGCUCUCGGCGUGGGCAUCUCCAUCCUGCUCGUCAUCAAGCACAGCACGAGGCCUAGGAUCCAGAUCUUGGGCCGCAUCCCAGGCACAAACCGCUUCGAAAACGCCGAGGCGGACAACCCGAGCCUGGAGUUUAUCGAAGGGUGCCUCAUCGUCAAGAUCCCCGAGCCACUGACCUUUGCCAACACCGGGGAGCUCAAGGCGCGGCUGCGCCGGCUCGAGCUGUACGGGACGUCGAGGGCGCACCCGGCGCUGCCGCGGAUACGCAGUCAAGAGUCGAACCGCAACAUCAUAUUCGACAUUCACGGGGUGACGUCGAUGGACGGGUCUGGGACCCAGGUCCUGGAGGAGAUUGUGCAGAGCUACCGGGCGCGCGGGGUGCGCGUCUUCUUCUCUCGUGGGCCGUCCCGACGCAAUCACCCGGUAUGGCAUCUCAUGGAGCGGAGCGGCAUCGUGGCGCUGUGCGGCGGUGAGUCGCACUUUGUCAUGGACGUGGAGGAGGCGCUGCGCUGGACAGAGUACGAGGAGAGCAUCGGGCAGAGGAGCGGCACCAGCAGCGCUCAGGAUUAG